UAUCCAGCAUCCAUCCCGUCUCCUCUUUCUCACUCGCUCUCUGUGUGAUCUCGAUCAGGAUCCACAUCAGAUCAUCCGGUCAUUAUUUACCAAGCACACUGAGUGGAGAAAUGUUGAUCAAAUGCGCACUAGCCUUGCUGCUUCUCUUCGUCUUGGGGGACGCGGUGGGAACGGAUCAUGUUGACGUCCCCGAGAAACCGGCCAGUCAGAAGGGACGUCUCUCCUUACAGAACACAGCUGAGAUCCAGCACUGUCUGGUGAGCGCAGGAGACGUGGGCUGCGGCGUCUUCGAGUGUUUCGAGAACAACUCCUGUGAAAUCCGGGGCCUUCAGGAAAUCUGCAUGACCUUCCUGCACAAUGCCGGCAAAUUCGACUCGCAGGGCAAGUCCUUCAUCAAGGAUGCACUGAAGUGCAUGGCUCAUGGCUUGAGGCACAAAUUCAGCUGCAUCAGCCGAAAAUGUCUGGCCAUAAAGGAGAUGGUCUUCCAGCUGCAGCGCGAAUGCUACAUGAAACACAACCUCUGUUCAGCUGCUAAAGACAACAUUAAUGUCAUGGUGGAGAUGAUACAUUUCCAAAACUUAUUUCCCAAAGGGCCGUAUGUUGAGCUGGUGAACAUCUUGCUCAGCUGUGGAGAGGAGGUGAAGGAAGCUAUUACACGGAGCGUGCGUCUGCAGUGCGAGCAGAACUGGGGCGCUCUGUGCGACAGCCUGAGCAUCUGUACGUCCAUCCCUGCGGCUCCAGCAUCAGGUGGCUUCGAGCGACGUCCGCCGCUUGCCUCACAGUCAGACGCCGAGCACCACAAGAGCACUCGAACAGGAGACAAGGACAAACCUGGGAAGGUCGGGUUCAGCUCACACACGCGAAGUCGGAGCCAAGGCCUGCGCCGCGCUAGUGUAGAUGCCAGUCCCGCCGAGCAGGAAGACUCAAAGAUCAGCGACAUUCGGAGGUGAAACAGCAGGGUCACCUAAACUGACCAUGACACCCCAAUCCCUGAAUUAACAGACUCAGCAGACCGCUUAAUUCAACCCAUCCACCCUCACGUCUCCACAGUCAUUCCAGCUCUCCCAAACUGUACAUUUUGCAGGGUGAAUAAAUGUGGUGGAGCUUUUUUGAUACU